UUUUGCUACACUUAUUCCUACACUUACUAUAGGUCCAUCUGCUCUAAUAAUAGAAGGUAUCUCUUAUAUAUAGUCACAUCCCCACCUAUGCUAGUCGUGCGUAUAGAGAGGACAAUGACAGAAGAAAACACAACACCACUGCAACCGCCUCAAACGCAGGAGAAUGAGGAGGAGAAGAGGGAGAUGUAUGCUGUAUGGGCUGUACCAGAGGAAGACUUAGAAGAUCGGCUUCGAAGGCUUAUGGAGGGACUAAGGUCGGAGUUCGGUGGUCCACCGUUUGAUCCUCACUUAACGCUCGUCGGACCGCAGAAGCUUACGGCAGGCGAGGCAAAACUGAUGUUUGAGGCGGCGUGUGAAGGUUUUAAGGCGUAUGCGGCCACCGUUGACCAAGUCUCCGCAGGAACUUCCUAUUUUCAGUGUGUCUAUGUAUCUCUCCGGCACACCGUAGAGGUAAUGAAUGCUGCCGGACAUUUUAUGGGCCACUUCAAAGCCUUCACCGGGAAACUUUACGUGCCGCAUAUGAGUAUACUUUACGGCGAUCUAACGGAGGAAGAGAAGAAGGAAGCGUUAGAGAAAGCUUCCACGCUUGAUUCUAGUCUCGAUGGGCUGAAUUUUCGGAUAAAUCGAGUUGAGUUGUGGAUAACAGAUGCAGACGUUAGAUCUUGGGUAAAAGUCGACGAACAUGAUCUAAUUUCUUAAAUGACAUAUAUGAGAGAAAAAACAUCAAGGUUUUCGGUUUAUCUUCGAUUGAAUUCUUGUGCUUGUUGGUUAAGGCUUUUUUAAUUAAAAUUUGAUUUCCAGUUAUAAGGCUUGUUUUAGUGUGGUAUUGUAUUACAUGGUUCGGUUCAUAUUUGUGAACGGUUUGACUUAAAUGAUAGUUGCAGUUUGCUUCA